UGUUUGCAAGGCAGGGGAAAAGUCGCUCCAUUUUUCUCGUGCUCUCUUCCGUACGUUUAGCUUUGCAAAACAUUUUAAUGGCGAAUCGCUUAAAUAUUGAAAAAUUGUUUGCCGAAGUUUUUACAUAAGAAGCAAACACAAAAACCAGCAAAAGCACGCCGCAAAAUAAUAAGUGUCUAAUCGCAUGGAUACACCUCCCAACUGAAGAAAUUGGCCAAGCGCUAGUGUGUGUGUAACUGUGUCUGUGCGCGCGUGUGUGUAAGUGAGCAAUGAAAAAUGAGGCGUAGGUGAGGAAUGUGUGUGCAAAAUUGUCGACAGCUUGUUUUGCCAUGCAAAACGCAGGGUCGACCAUAAGGUGUAAAUACAACUGCACUUGCACGCCGACACAACGACAAUUAAACCUAUUUUCAUUGCGCGCGCUAAUGUCAGCUGAUGACCGGUUAAAUUCAAUUUGACGACAAGAAAAAAAAAAGCAAAUAACUAUUGUUCUUUUUUUGUCGUUGGCGUAACAUUAGCGGAAUACGUCAACCAAACUUUAUAAAAAUUGUUAGAAAUUUGUGGGGAAAAAUGUGCAAAAGUGUGUUUGUUAAAUUGUUAGCCAAAAUUAUUUGUUUACCUAGUACUACAUAGAACGUAACUGCCUUUCUUCAUCCAACAAGAACAACAAUAACAAAGAUAUUUCGACACACCGGACAGACAAACAAGCACACAAACUAAGACAAACAAUAAACAUAAUACAACUGCAUUCAAUAAUAGCCAACAAAAUUUAACAAAUCACCAAGGAAAUGCUCAAAUUGAAUACUUAAAUGUCAAGCGACAGCAGCACUGAGGCCACAGCAACAAACAAUAUAACAGAAACAACAACUGUAAGCUAACAGAAGAACAACAGAGCAACAGUAGGGCAGUUGCGAACUUUGGUCGAAAGAGGAGAAGCGCAACAGUGGAAGCUGCUUGCCGUAUGCAUUGGACGCAUGCGCGACAUGCGUGGACGUUAAUGGAGGUGGUCCACAGACGACAACUGCCGGUCCAUCCGCUGGUAAUGUGGCAAAUGCUACCCUUGCCGGUGGUAAGAGCACAAGCAAUAACAUGUAUUCCACCCGCCAAUCUGUGAGCACCACGACCGGUGUGCUUAUGGUUGGACCAAAUUUUCGUGUCGGUAAAAAAAUUGGCUGUGGUAACUUUGGCGAAUUGCGUUUAGGAAAAAAUCUUUACAACAAUGAACAUGUAGCAAUAAAAAUGGAGCCUAUGAAGUCAAAGGCUCCGCAACUACACUUAGAGUAUAGGUUUUAUAAGCUAUUAGGAUCACAUGCCGAAAACGCCCCAGAAGGCAUACCACGCAUUUAUCACUUGGGCACUUGUGGUGGCCGUUAUAAUGCCAUGGUUUUAGAGUUAUUGGGAUUAUCAUUAGAAGAUCUCUUCAAUAUUUGCUCCCGUAAAUUUUCACUUAAGACUGUAUUGAUGAUAGCGAAACAACUUCUCCACCGGAUCGAAUAUGUUCAUAGUCGGCACUUAAUUUAUAGGGAUGUAAAACCAGAGAACUUUCUCAUUGGCAGAACAUCAACAAAACGUGAAAAAAUUAUACACAUAAUUGAUUUCGGGUUGGCCAAAGAAUACAUUGAUUUAGACACAAAUAGACAUAUACCAUAUCGGGAGCAUAAAUCCCUAACUGGCACCGCUCGCUAUAUGUCAAUCAACACGCAUAUGGGACGCGAGCAGUCGAGGCGUGAUGAUCUGGAGGCUCUGGGUCAUAUGUUCAUGUACUUCUUAAGAGGUUCACUGCCCUGGCAAGGCCUUAAGGCUGAUACACUCAAAGAGAGAUAUCAAAAAAUCGGUGAUACAAAACGUGCAACGCCCAUUGAGGUACUUUGUGAUGGCCACCCCGAAGAGUUUGCAACAUAUUUGCGUUAUGUGCGGCGGUUAGAUUUUUUCGAAACUCCGGACUAUGAUUUUCUGCGAAGACUGUUUCAAGACUUAUUCGAACGUAAGGGCUAUACCGAUGAGGGUGAAUUUGACUGGACAGGGAAGACCAUGUCAACGCCCGUCGGAUCUCUGCAAACUGGCCAUGAAGUCAUCAUUUCACCAAAUAAAGAUCGUCAUAAUGUUACGGCUAAGGACGUCUCUUAUUUUGAUUUUGAUGAAAUUGAUAAUGAAAAUGAGGAAUAUAUAAUACUUCAGACAAAUGCCAAAGGAGGUGUUGCUGCGUGGCCGGAUGUGCCCAAGCCGGGUGCGACCCUUGGCAAUCUGACACCCGCCGAUCGGCAUGGUUCAGUGCAGGUUGUGAGUUCGACAAAUGGCGAACUGAAUGCGGACGAUCCCACGGCCGGACACUCCAAUACACCCAUCACACAGCAGCCCGAAGUAGAGCUUGUCGACGAAACAAAUGGUUCCUUAUAUUCCAGAUGUUGUUGUUUCUUUAAACGAAAGAAGAAGAAAUCAACGCGCCAAAAAUGACUAGAAGGUGUACAAUGUAGUCCAGAACGCGAGGCAGUCACAUUGCUGCGCGCCACUUCACAUUCAAACUCACGGGAUAGCGUAUUGAAUAAUCCGAGUCAGGAUUACAUACAACAAGCAACGUCGCAGCACACGUUGCGUUAUCCUCCAUCCGCGUCGAUGUUGACGCCAACACCAACUACAAAUACACCGACACUUCCGUUGUAAUUUAUAUAAAUACAGAAAUCAGAAAAUAGAAUGAAAAACAAACAAAAACAAAAACAAAAAAAAAUAUAAACAAAAACUUAAACACCACAAAAACAAACAACAUCAAAAAAAAACAGUAAAAAUUGCAACAAAAAAAUACAAACGAAAACAAAAUAAAAGAAAAAAAACAAUUUUAUUAUUAUUUUUAUUAUUUACCAAUUUUGCGUUUAUGUUUAUUAUAUAAAUUAUUAUAAUUAUUAAUUAUAUUAUUAAUAAAAACAAAGGAGAAACAAAACAAACUGCAAAUAAUAUACGAAAAACUUAUUCGAAAAUAACAAAAACAAAACUGUCAUAUAUUAAAUUUCAUAAUUCAAAGCCAGGCAGCUCAGCGUCGUGCUAAAAAGAAGCUGACCAAUAUCCAAUUGAUCCUAACUUGUAAGAACUUAAACCGAUACCAACAAAUACGUGCACACACACACACACGCCACAGCGAACCACUUAAACAUAUUUAUAUAUAUCUAUACAGAUAUAUAUAUUUAUCUAUACAGAUAUAUAUAUUUAUCUAAAUACUAGUGCAGCGUCAAAUACAACAACAAAUCAUUACUUACAUAAAUAUUUAUAGGCAACAAAUUGUACAUUAAAAUACGCAUAUAACAAGUAUUUCAUUUCAAGAACUAUUGAACCUAUGAAACAAAUUAUCUACAUGUAUAUUUACGUAUAUGCCACCAAACAAAACCCCCACCCCCACCCUCCACAUCCACGUCCCCCUGGAACCACACUCGUAACUCUCUUAGCGUAGGCAGCUUUUGUUUAGCUCUGAUUUUGGAUACACUUUUUUUUUAUAUAAAUGUAUAUAUAUAUAUAUAUAUAUAUAUAUAUAUAUGUAUAUAUGUAUAUACAGUUGAGUAUAUGGUGUUGUACAUAAUUUUUAUAACUAAUGCCGAAGGGCGAACAUAGUGUGCGAUUAAUGCGCUUCGUAGUCGAAUUCAUUUUGUACAAGAUUAGUGCAUUUAUUUGAUUAGUGUGUGUUUUUAGGUCAAUUUUACUUACGUACAUUUACAAAAUUUAGAAAAAAUUCGCAUGCUGCAUGCAGCAUGCAGCUGGAAUUCCACACACAUAAAGCCUUAACCAAAAAUCUAGCACACCCUCGUUUUAGGCAACGUGUUUCCCUAUGUUUUCUAAUAGCUAAACAAAGCAAAAGAAAUGAAUGAAAAUAAUAAUGAAUCAAAAGAAAUAUGAAACUAAAAAGAAAGCUAGAAACUACUCAAGAUCAAUCACUUUAUAUAAAUGGAAGAAGAAUAAAUAAGAAAAAAACAAAAAUAUCAAGAGAAAAUAAAAACAAAGUACUGAGCUAUUUAUUUUGAUAUUACGUGAUACUAAACUUAUAUACUUACUACACUAAAAGCUGCCUGCAGCUACGCCCCCAUACCCAAACAUACAUAAAUACCGCAAACUCUCUCACACACACAUCUUAACUUCUUGAAAAUAUUUAUACAUCUCUUAAUACAUUUAUGAAAAGGAAAAGAAAAUUACUUUCAACCCAUCCGAACGAAUUUGUUUUCCUUCCCCAAAAGCAGAAAGCGUAAAAACAACAGCAACUCUAUGAUAUAUAUUUAAAACAACAUUUUUAUACUUAUAAAUAUACAUACUACAACAAAAACCAAUUAAGAAAUAUAUGAAAAUAGUGUUAACUUUACAAGAUGCGAAAUGAGAGAAUAGAAAGAAACUUAACUUUCAAUUUGUUUCUGCUAUUUAUUUCAAAAAUGGGUAAACAAAAAUCAAAUUUUAAAACAUUACAUCAUAAUAAAACGCAAAACUGGCAUAUAUAACAUUUACCAAAUUUCUUGUAUAGUUAAAAAAAAAUCAUUUGUAUUAUAUAUGGAAACUAAACCGUAAAACACAAACAAAAAAAAAACAAAAGAAACUUAAACAAAAUUAUGCUAAAAAAAACAAUAAUAAGAAAGCGAUAUUUCUAUAAACAGUCAAGUAUAACAAAUUAUAAAUACAAGAUAAUGUACUUUAAUGUUGAUAAAGAAAAAACAUAAAA